GUCGUUGAGUCAGGGUGUGUUUCAAUCAAAUUUAUUAUUUUUGUGUUCAAAAUCACACACAUCGUUAAUUCAUUCAGACUUUUCUGAUUCUAAAUCAAAGUAAUUGACGUUUCGGAUCGCACAAUAAAUAGACAAAUUUUAACAUUUUAAAAAUUGAUAAAUUGAAUUUCUGAGUUCGAUUCAAGUGCACACUUUUUUUACUACUUUGUGUUUAUUAUUGAAUUUAUGAUUUUGUUUAUAUGGUGUUUGAGUGUACGUAACGAACAAACAACAAAAUUCGACGAUAUUAUUCCAAAUAAGGUCGAUUUAUCGCAAUCCAUGCGUAGUUCUUAUUUUUUCGUCGUUUUCAAAGCAAACAAACAAUUUUUUUUUACAAUCAGCGAUAAAAAACAAGAGACGAGCUUGAAUACAAACGAACUGAUGAUUACGAUGUGUGCAUAAAAGUUUUAUUUUCACUCAUUCAUUGGUGUUAAUUAUGUUUGAAACUGUUAAAAUUCUCGUGAAAAUUAUAAAUUGUAAUGAUAUGCUGUCGGCAAAGUGAAACUUCAUAGAAAUAAUUCAAUUGCAUUUAUUGAACUGAAAACUGAAUAAAAAAAAAUUUAUUACCAUUAGAAUAAAUUUUACCCAAACACUUGCGCUCAUUCUGAAACUCAGACCGUAUAUAUCGGAUCGUGUUGGUUGCAUGAUUUUAGCCUUCAUAUAAAACAAUUCAAGCGAAUUGUAGUGGCUAUGCAAUAUAUAUAUAUAUAUAUCAAACUACACACUCAAAUUCAUUACGUGUAUCAAAAGUAUCGCACAACAAAAUCGUAAUAAAUUCAAUUCAGAUAGCAGCCGAGUGAGCAGCAAUUGAAUAGACAUCGAAACGACAGCGAACCACGACGCCAACAAAAAAUAAUUAUUUAUAUACAACAACAACAGCAACAAAAUCAACAACUUGAAAAAAAUCACAAAACAGGCGAAUAUCUAGCAACGACGUUUCCGAGAGCAAAAGAGAGGAGUGACAUACGCGACGAGACAAGUGCAGCGAAUUCAGCUCAUCUAAACACGAAACGGAUCGACAGAAAAUGAUAUUGAGAAAAAUAUCGUAGAUCAAAGCAUCCAAUCAACGUUAAUUACCCACUGUAAAAGGAACCCUAACAUGAGACGAUUUCGUCCAGACGCACCUCAGUAGAUACAUUCACUUCUUCUUUUUUUUCUUUCCCCAUCAUAAGCGAGAACGAGAUUAAUUCAAAUGAUACAUCGAUUCAAAAAUCGUUUACAUCGCAUUGCGUAGUUUGGGUCGUCUCGUCUCGUCGCCUAUCUAUGUGUAUUUCAUUGAGACUAUACAGAUCUGUACAAUAAAUUAGAACCAAAUGCGAGAAUCACGAAAACCGAGAAGAAUAUUGUAAAUUGUGACGGCAGCAAACCAAUUCAAUCUGCUUGAUAAUUAGGUUGUUCACGAAUUUUCGUAAUAAAAUCGUUCUGCUCGUGAACUAACAAAAUACAUAAAAUCCGACGCGAAAUAAUUUGGUGUUUGUGUGUUCGGUUUUGGGCGGACUACAUGUCAUACAUUUUUGAUGAGAGUCGCUUAUUAACGAGAUGAACAGUUAGCAGAGGGAGAAAGAGAGAGAGAGAGCGAGAGAAAAUAAAACACGAAUACACAUCGAAUCUAGUGAAGUGAACCUAAUAUUUUAAGCAAACUCGAUACAUUUUGCAAUCACAACAACAAAUGGCAGAGAAAGGAGAAUAUAUCAUGUGAUAAAUUAAUGAAGCGUGCGAUUAUUCAGAUAGAUAGUCAGAGAAUAUUUUGGCUUUCUGUUCCAUUUAUAUCUAUGUUAAUAACUUCGCAUCUAAACGUAAAUUUUUGCUAAUCGACAGCUAACAAUAAAAUUAAUUCGCUUCCAUUCUAUCUGAAUGCCGAUUUCUUGUGUGCAUUUCUAUUGUGAUACACUCGUUAAUAAUCGAAUCGAAUUGACGGUUUUUCGUUCAGACAGCCGAAUAAACAAAUCUCGUGAUUGAAUGUUUGCCCGUAAAUGAUUGAGAAGAAAUUCAUCAUAAUCAUCAUUAGCGACAGCAGCAUCAGCAGCAAAAGCAUUAGCGGCAUCUACAUCUCCUGACACACAAGCAAAAUCAACGGAAUCUGCAUAAAAGUAAUUACAUUUCAAAGCGAAAUGACUGAUUGAAAACGGAAGUGUGUAGUGUAGAUAUUUGCAAACGACAUUUAAUACGCAACAUUUGUUGCGUUUCGUGCUGAUUUUGAUAUUUAAUCGAGCAUUUUGACAGUGUGAGCGUGUAGAUGUUGAAAAUCAGCUCAAAUAGCUGUCAAAAUAAACAAUAAUUAAAGGUGAAAAUCGUUUAUUUUCAAAAUAAAAUGACUAGUGAUGUUGUUCGAUGGUCUCAGUUGUAUAUGCAACAAAAUAAGCCACAAAAACGUGACGACGUCAUGACGUCAUCUGAACAUUUGCGUCCAUCGUACCGAAAUCACGCCAAUGUAAACAUUGCAUUGGCGAACAAGCAUAGCAGAAACACACGCAGGUCGUUGAUUGCCGGAACAGUUGGAACGCAACUACAUAAAAUCGUUCUAUUGGUCCUUUGGCUAGUGAUAAAUCAAAAUGUGAGCUUAGUGUUAAGUGAACCGAUUCUAGCAACAAAUAAUUUAACGAUAGCCGUUAAGAGUAUCACUGGUGAUGAUGAACAAAUCCAUAUGCCAGUUGACAAUGAUCUGGCGGUCGAAUCAAUGUCGCUGCAAGACUCACAAAAUUUAAACCAACAACAUUCACACCAAACUACCGAUGACGAUGACAGUUCGAGACAUUUUACACCAACAUGGGCUGUUCAUGUUCCAGGCGGCGAUAGCGUUGCUGAACGCAUUGCAGAAGAUCAUGGUUUUAGAAUCUUAGGAAAGAUAUUUGAUGAUUAUUACCAUUUUCAUCAUAGCGAAAUACGAAAACGUUCCAUCGAGCCAUCACAUCAUCAUCAAACACGAUUAAAUAAUGAUGAUCGUGUGCGAUGGUCGCAACAACAGCACAUAAAAACCCGGAAAAAGCGUGAUUUUCUUACAUUUCAUGACCAGAAACCGUAUCCAAUGUUGAUGGGUAAAAAUCGUGUUAUGACCAGCGAUCCAAAAUGGCCUGCUAUGUGGUACUUGCAUCGUGGCAAUGGACUUGAUAUGAAUGUUAUUCCAGCGUGGAAGGAAGGUAUAACGGGUAAAGGAAUUGUAGUCACUAUUUUGGACGAUGGCCUUGAAUCUGAUCACCCCGAUCUGGUGGAAAAUUUUGAUCCAAAAGCAUCGUAUGAUGUGAAUAGUCACGACGAUGAUCCGAUGCCACAUUACGAUAUGGACGAUUCAAAUCGUCAUGGAACUCGGUGUGCUGGCGAAGUGGCAGCUACAUUUAAUAAUUCGUUAUGUUGUGUUGGAAUCGCACAUGGUGCAAGUGUGGGAGGUGUUCGAAUGUUAGAUGGUGAUGUGACAGAUGCCGUUGAAGCAAGGUCAUUGAGUUUGAAUCCACAGCACAUCGAUAUAUACAGUGCUUCAUGGGGGCCAGAUGAUGAUGGCAAGACAGUAGAUGGUCCGGGCGAAUUGGCCACGCGAGCAUUUAUCGAGGGUGUCACAAAGGGGCGCAAAGGAAAAGGAAGUAUUUUCAUUUGGGCAUCUGGCAAUGGUGGAAAAGAUCAUGAUAAUUGCAACUGUGACGGUUAUACAAAUUCAAUUUGGACGCUGUCAAUUUCAAGCGCCACCGAACGAGGACUUGUGCCUUGGUAUUCAGAAAAAUGCAGCUCAACACUAGCCACAACAUACAGUAGCGGAAGCAAAGAAGAACGUCAAGUGGUUACAACUGAUUUGCAUCAUUCGUGUACAGCGUCGCAUACAGGCACGUCAGCAUCGGCACCACUUGCCGCCGGUAUUGCCGCAUUGGUACUGGAGGCAAAUCCGAGUUUAACCUGGCGAGAUUUACAGCAUAUUGUGGUACGGACAGCAAAACCAGCCAAUUUACAAGAUCCAUCGUGGUCGAAAAAUGGAGUCGGUCGUCGUGUAAGCCACUCAUUUGGUUAUGGACUGAUGGAUGCAGCUGCUAUGAUUAAAGUUGCACGAACAUGGAAAACCGUUCCUGAGCAACAGCGCUGUGAAAUCUAUGCACCGUCAUUGGAUAAAGCAAUUUCACCGAAAAGUUACGUGGUUAUAAGCUUGAAGGUGCAACCACAUCAAUGUGAAAGUGUUAAUUAUUUGGAGCAUGUUCAAGCCAAAAUUUCAUUGACAUCACCAAGACGAGGUGAUAUUCAGAUUUUUUUAACAUCACCAGCUGGAACCAAAGUAACCUUGUUAACAUCCAGAUCACACGAUAGUUCACGUUCAGGAUUUAAUCAAUGGCCAUUUAUGUCGGUGCAUACAUGGGGCGAAUCACCGCAUGGACAAUGGUUGCUCGAAAUUCGAAACGAAGGACGUUUUAUGGGUCACACCGCUUUGAAAGGAUGGUCGUUGAUAUUCUAUGGAUCGAAACAACCAAUUGAUAAAAACGAUCCAGUUUCAGUUCCUCUAUUACCAUUGAAUACACUUUACAAUACACCGAACACAAACAAUCAAGCGGCAAAUGUGACAAAGGGAAACAACGGUGGCAAAGGAAAUCGUAAACAACAACAGCAACAACAACAUCAACAAAAAUCAUCACAGUCGAAUGGAUCGCAAUCAACGGGGCGCAAAAAUGGCAAAACAAAUGGAAAAAAUCAAAAUGGAAAAAACUGGAAGCCACGUCUCACAUCACCACGGCCAACGCUAACAACGUUAUCGAACAAAAAUCGCAACAAAUUCGAACCAAUGAAUGGCAUCGCGUUCACAAAUAAAAUCAUCGCCACAACCACCAUACGACCAAUAAAGUUGUCAAACAAUAAUGUAGACAAUAAAGACGGCGAGAAAACGGUGUAUAUUAAAUCGCCUGUCAAAGCACCCAAGCAAAUAAAAGAAAUAAUAACCGUCAUCAGUACAAGACUCGACGAUGGCAAUGAAUCGAUAUCGACGGUAAAGAGUACGACAAGUGCUUCCGUCGCCAAAUCGAAUGUUGCUAGAAUAACGACAGCAUCGCCACUCGAUGCUCAUUUCGAAUUAGUAGGUAGUUUUCAAUAUACAUCGAAUCCAAACAUACCGAAAUUAUUUCAACGCUACGAAAAAAUCCAAGAAUUUUAUCCCGAAUUUCAUCCAUAUGUUGGACUGCCAAAGGCAUCGUCAUCGGUAAGCAGCUCGAGUGGAGGCGGAAGUGUGGCCGUUAAACCGUCACGUGAUGGUUCAAAACACAAUCAUUUUACAUUUAUUUCAAAUAAUCAACAAGCCCCACCGUCGUCAACGUUUGCCCAAAUAUCAAAUGGUCGAAGUCACGAAAUUUUAUCAUUGUCACAAAAACCAUCAACAACAAGGACACAAAGCUCAGCCAUAAUUUCAUCAACCAAUGGAAAGGCACAAGUCACUCAAUGGGGUUUGAUCUUGCAUGGAACCGAAGAGCCGGCUCAACCAAAUGAUCCAAAAAGUUUUGACUUCCCACAACCAGAUCCAAACUUCCUCAGCGAAAUUGAUCAAAGCUUGGACUUUGAUCAAACGGAAACAGGACAAUGGCGAAAUUUACAGCAGGGCGGAGAAAAUGGCCAUAAUGAUGUGCAACGAACGGCCGCUUCAAAUGACCAAACCGAUUCAGCAUGUCUAAAAUCAUUACCGAAUAAAUAUUGCAUAGAAUGUGAGCAGACAACAUUUAUUUAUGAAGGCCGUUGUUAUACAGCCUGUCCGGAGCGGACGUAUAUGUUGCCGGAAACACCGUUGAUUACCAAACCUAAAACCAAUUCUACAUCAACAAAACCGCCACGUAAACGAGCUAUUGUACAAAGUAUUCCGCAGAAAAAAUGUGGAGCAUGUCAUGCAACGUGUCUUAGAUGCCGAGGACCGUUAAAUAAUGAAUGUACCGAAUGUCCGACAGAAUCAAUUUUACGAGGGGCUCUGCCAAACGAAACAUACUGCGAUCGUGCAAGCGAACACAACGAAAACGGAUGGCCAAAAGUCAUUAAACUUUUUGAUAACGAUCACAAUUCAAAUAAUACGGAGCACAAUUUUAGUCACAAAUCAAUAUUUAAAGUAUUUUUUGAUCACAUUUCCAUUUAUAUGGUAAUGGCUUACAUUGUAUCGGUCAUAAUUGUUAUGUUGAUUAUUCGAAUUGCGUGCAAAUCAUUUUAUUCGAAUACAACAACGACAAUUAGUAAUGAUAAGAAAAACUACGCUUAUAAUCGUAUUAACACGGUUGGAUAUGAUGGUAAUGAUCACAUUAUUAUGGAACACGAAAUGAUUAUCAACACAAGCGAUUCAUCAGAGGAAACAGAAACCAUAAAAUAGAUGAGAACAAAAAAAAAAAGAUUUCAACCAAUCCUAAAUUGAACAGAAGAAAAGUUAGAAAA